CAAGGAUCCGGGACUCGCUCGGCUCCAGUGUCUCCUCAUCAAUAUUUACCGUAAAUUCCAGUAUUUUCUAGGUGUUUCCAGCUGUUUCCAAACUCAGGUGUGUAGGCAGAAGGAGAAAAAUUAGAGAAAUGGAAGAGGAGGAAAAAAUAAGGAGAAAUGGAGGAGCAGGCAAAACAGUUACAAGCUGAAUAUCUGGGACAUUGGUGGCAUGUCCUCCUGCCAGACCUACUGGAGGAACUUUUUGAGUGCACUGACAUCCUUAUCUGGGUGUUGGACGGUGCUGAUGGAAACUGCAUGAGAGACUGUCAGGGGAUACUGAAGAAACUGGCAGCAAGUGCAUCCAGAAGCAGUGCCUUUGUGACGUCAUCAAGGGCUGCAGUAGUGGAGAGGAUUAGAUGGUGCUGCCGUGUGGCAUUGAUGAGUGCCGGGAGAAGAAUGGCGGGUGUGGGCACCUCUGCGUCAGCACUGUGGAGCCGAACUACUACUGCCAGUACCAGCCAGGGUAGACUCAUCAAGAAGUUUAACUGUGAAGACAUUGAUGAGUGUGUGGCGCCCAGGUCCUGCUUCCAAUAUUGCACUAACACCACUGGUGGCUUCCACUGCUGCAGUCAGCCUGGCUACCGCCGUCACUCUUCCAACUACAUGCACUGCAUGGCAGAUUCUGGCAAUCCCUAUCUCAUCUCUUAUAGAGCCCAUAUGAGCAGUCCAGAGACUCCUUAGGUGCUGGUGGAGAAGAAUGAGAUGACAGUGGAUGGUCUUGCAGUCUGGAUCCAUGGGAACAUUUAGUUCACAGACAUCUCGGUAAACAAGAUCCAGAUGAUUUCCUGGGAUGGCUACUGGACUUGCACCAUUGUGACUGAUAAACUGGACCUUUCUCAUGCAACUGCUGUGAAUGCCAUUGAUGGGUGAGUCUCUUUUCACCUCCUGAGUUUAACAGACACUUGGAUCUAGAACUGGAUGGUUUUCCUACUUUGUUUAUAUCAUCAGUUAUCUCUGUUGUAUGAGUUCUGAUGGGGAUUUAGACUCAAAAAGACCUGUAUUCAUCCAUUUUUAUUUGUACUUAAAAUGACUCCCGAAAAAAGCACUUUCCUUAAAUAUAGAUGAAAUUUCUGUUUC